CCUACCACCUACACUUCUGGACUCUAAGACGGCCACAAUGAUCAGACACAAGAGCAAGCCGACCCCGCGGGAGAUCUACUUGGAGAAGAAGAGGCGCGAGGAGGAGGAGAAGGAUGCCAGUCUGCCGCCCGGGCUCGUCAACCACGGGAACACCUGCUUCAUGAACUCGACGCUCCAGGGCCUCAUCGCGACGCGCCCACUACACGACUUGGUGCACUUCCAGUCCGUGCCCACAUCCCUCCAGCCUCCGGAGGGCCCCUCCAUUCUCGCCAGACGAUCACCGCAGCUUACGAACGGCCAUGGCAUAGGGGGCGCGGACGAGCUUGCGUGGACCGAGGGCAUGCCGCUCGGCGAUAUCUUCACCACCAUCAUGCGCAAGGCUUGGGACAUCCAGGAUGCGAAGCGACGGGAGACUAUGAGUCCCAAGGAGAUCCUCACCACUAUAGGCCGCAAAUACGACCAAUACCUCGACUUCCGGCAACAGGAUGCUCACGAAUUCCUACGACAUAUGCUGGACGCCAUGCGCAUGGAGGAGCUUGAUAUUAUCAAAAAACGCCAGCCCCCGCCCUCCAGUACAAAACGGAAACGCGCCCGCGGCGGGAGCGAGCCGAAAUCCACACCACCACCUCUCCCUUCCCCCGCUCUGUCACAGUCCGAUCCGCCAGCGCAAGCGCACAGUCCCGGCAUCCCGUCAACCCCGCCACAGCUACCCCAACAAACACCUGACCUCGACCGCCCGCUGCCCCCAGUACCGAACGGGGGCGAGAAGCUCGAGUCGUUCGUGGACAUGCUCUUCGGGGGCCAGCUCGCGAGCAUCCUCGUCUGCGAGAAGUGCAAGAAGGUGUCGGUGACGUACGAGGACUUCAACGACCUCAGCCUGAGCAUCAAGCCCGAGGACUACGUCAACAAGCACCACCGGAAGCGCGACCGCAUCAAGCGCAUCGCGCGCAAGCUCCGCAUCCGGCCCCCUGCCGCGUACGGCAGCGGUAGUGCGAAUGACAGUGCGGGCUCGAGCGCGAAGGCGCGCGCGUCGUCGGUGCCUACGAGUCCCGUUAGGCGGAGCUCGGAGCUCGCGCUGCACGAGGAGGAGCCGCCGACGAGCGUGGAUCCGAGGCGGAGGAGCUUUGACCAUCCGGGGGAAGACGAGAGGAGGGACGCGGUGGCUAGGCUGGUGAGCACUGUGUCUGCGCCUUCUGGGUUAGACUCGGCGAUUGCGGAGGACGACGAGACAGACGCGGCGGAGCGGGAGAAGGAGACGGAGUUGGAGCGCGCGGAGGAGACCGACGCGUUUGAGACGGAGGGCGGGACCGACUGGACGCACGUAGGGGCGGACGGUCCUGGCUGGGGAGCGGGCGCGGGGUCGGAGGAGAAGCCUAAGGACAAGCAGGGCAAGGAGAAGGACGACGCGUGGGGCAAGAUUGCGCGGCGGAUCAGCGUGUCGAUGAAGCUCGGAGGGCGGGAGAAGGAUCGCGAGAAGGACAAGGACAAGGACUCGCGCCCGUCGAGUCGCGCGAGUGAGCGCGGUCGCAAGCCUGACAUCAAGGACGCGUUCCGUGUGAAGCGUAGCGAGACACGCUCGCCGCGAAUGACGUCUCUUGCGCCCGGUGCUUCGGCGCAUGAGCCUGCUCCCGAGGCAGCGGACGCGUCGGAGGUGGCCAAGCGAGCGACCUCGCCCACACCAAACUCUCCCCGGAUUUCUUCGCCUCUGCGACCGCCGUACUCGCGCCGAUCGUCGGCGAAUCCAUUUGCCCGCAGCAAUCACGAACCACCGAUCAAGUCGCGAGCCGUCUCCGUCGACCCCAAGAUGUCCGAGGAGGACAUGGCGUACCUCCGACGUAUCCUAGCGGACGUGCACCCCGUCACAGGUAACCCUCUGUCGAUCCUCCAGACCGCGUUCUCAGGGAACGGGCCCGUCAGCGCUGGACAGGUCGGCAACACCGCGGCGCUGGCUACGCAGGUGCUAUGGGCGAAGCUUGGCCACCUACCAGGCAUCGAGGAGUGCUUGCGCAUGUUCACAGCCGUCGAGAUCUUGGACGGGGAGAAUAUGGUUGGCUGUCAUCGUUGCUGGAAGAUUGCCAACGGGUUGUACAUACUGCCUUUGCGGAGCAAGGAUGGCUUCGAUGCAGACUCUGACACGGAGAGCGACGAAUCCUCCGGUGACGACUCGUCAGACCAGAGCGCCGAUAAGGCGCCCAUUUCCGUCAAUCCCGCACGGUCGGCGACUGAACCUAGCAGGAGCGAGACGGAGGACAGCGGGGUGCUCUCGUCACCAGAUUUGAGCAGUGGUCGAGUGUCGCCGGCAUCGACCUCUCUUGUCUCGACGGUUGUCACCCAGGCCCAAAGCAGACCGGGAGACACUGCGUCAGUGUCAUCCGCUCCGACGACCAUUACCGUACCUCCAUCCGAGUCUUCUACGUCUAUGUUGCAUGCGCGCAAAGACAGCCUCUUGUCUCCCCAGCCUUCGACAUACGGGGGCCUUCCAAUUCCCCAGAUAUCUACGACGGAACCUGACACUCCCGACGGUGGCAUACUAGGCCCUGCUUUAUCCAGGGAUUCAUGGACACAGACUUGGCCCUCGACUCGCGCAGUGGUUGGCAUGUCACUGUCCGAUGACUCUCUCCUUACGCCGAAACGGCGGCGACACAGAAGAGCGCUCAGGAAGGAUGGCUUAGACGAUAGCGGGUCGAGUUCAGAUGACGACUUUGAUGACUCCGCGAGUGAUACCUCCGCACCCUCGUCCGCCUCCGAAAGCUCGGCUUCCCCAUUUGUUUCCCCGAGGUCGUCCGUGGAGAAGUUAACCGACCCUAACCCGCCAUCGGAGCUCCCGUCGCCCAAACCAGCGCAUCGCGUCCAGGAUAAGAAGGUUCCGCGAUCAAAACAAGUCGUGCCCCGGAGGAUGUACAAGCGCUACCUGAUCAGCACACCUCCCCCGAUCCUCGUCAUCCAUCUCAAGCGCUUCCAGCAGACGAACAAGUCGCAUGCGAUGUCGUUCUCAGGCGGGUUCAAGAAGCUGGACGAGUUCGUGUCGUUUCCGGAGUACCUCGAUCUUGCUCCGUUCCUCGUUCCGAAACGGGAGGAUUUUGUUGGGAAAGCGGGCAAGGGCAAGACCAAGCAGCAAGAGAAGUGUAUGUACCGGCUAUAUGCCGUGGUCGUGCACAUUGGCAACAUGCUCGGUGGACACUACAUCGCAUACACUGCACUUCCCAACAGUGUCCCUGCACCCGGUCCCACAACGCCCUCUUCUGAGUUAGACAAACCUGUCCUGCCGUCGUCGGGCAGCUCUGACUCGCAUGUAAGCCAAACGUCGGAGACUCAGCGCCCGACGCGGAAGUGGGCGUAUAUUAGCGACUCUACCGUAAAACUGACGACGCUCGAGGAGGUCCUCAAGGCCAAGGCCUAUAUUUGCAUGUACGAGCGCGUCUGAUUGACCCCACUAUAACCCAUUCUUUCUGGACUGCAUUCGCCCCCGAUACCCACUAGCCUUGCACACUAUCGCUCGCUCUCAUCUCAGACCAUGUUCGUCAUUGCCGACUUCUACGCCGUACACCAUAUAUCAUCUCUGCGUGUACAGCAUACCAUCAGCAACUAUCCUGGGGGACGAUGCUUGAUUAAGUUACAAUCACAGCAACCACGCUACUCUAACAGCAAUG